GUGUCCAGUAGUGCGGUAUUGCUGAUCAACAACAGUCCUGCCACAACUCUUGCCUCUUCAAUCAAUCAAUCAUCUAUAAAAUUUUAUUUAUGGAGCACUUUUGAUACAUAAAAAUGCAACCAAAAGUGCUUCACAGAGGUAAAAACAGACAAUUAAAAUAGCAGGAAAUAUACAAAACCCACCCCUCCCAUCCCCCCAUAUACAUGCAAAGGCACCCAUGAAAACACACACACCAGAACGUACACACAAACACAUUAUCUAUUGACUAAUAGUAUAGAGACAUGGCAAGGCAUUUAGGAUCCUGGGUGACGAAAGACAACCUGUGGGAGCCAUCCACACCAAGAGAUGUCACAGCCCGCAACCACAGAGGAUACCACCACAGAGACCACCACGACUGAGACACGGUUUCCAUGGAGGCAGGUUCAUCCCUCAGCCUCAAACGACAAUAUGAAGAGGUGGACAAUAGCUCUCCCUUUUCUACACCUAAAGACUCUGACGAUGACAUCUCCAGCAGCGACAGUGCCGACAGCUGCGACAGCCUCAACCCCCCCUCCAGGAUGGAAUUCACCCCCACAUCCAUCCUCAGACAGCACAAGUUGUCGCCGGGAGGCAAGCGAGUGCGUUUUGAUGCGGUGACAGUGUAUUACUUCCCCCGGAGGCAGGGCUUCACCAGCGUGCCCAGCCAGGGGGGCAGCUCGCUGGGCAUGGCCCACAACCACUCAUCCAUCCGUCGUUACACACUGGGCGAGUUUGCUCGGGAGCAGGAGAGCAGUCACCGACACACCUUACGCCAACACCUGCGUCAGGAGAAGCUCAAUGCUCGCAAGCUGAAGCUGACCAGAAACGGCACGGUGGAGUGUGCCCAAGCCGAACUGUUGACUUUGGAGGACGUGUCAGAUGAGGACCUUGACGUGGAUGCCGUGGAGGUAGACGACUGCUUCUUCCUUCAGCCGCUGCCCACCAAGCGGCGCAGAGCCCUCCUGCGAGCCUCCGGCAUCGCUCGCAUCGAUGCCCGGGAGAAAACGGAGCUACGUGCCAUCCGCCUGUCCAGGGAGGAAUGUGGCUGUGACUGCCGUUUGUACUGCGACCCUCGACACUGUGGCUGCAGCCAGGCUGGCAUCAAGUGCCAGGUGGACAGAAUGUCCUUCCCAUGUGGAUGCUCCCGAGAUGGUUGUGGCAACUUAGCAGGCCGUGUCGAGUUCAACCCGCUGCGUGUCCGAACACACUACCUGCACACCAUCAUGAAGCUGGACCUGGAGAAGAGGAAGGUGCUGCUACAAGUGCCCGGGGAGACGUACGCCGAGUCGGACCGGGUGUCCUCCCCGUUCUCCACUUGCCCGUCAUCCCUGGACCCGGAAGAGAGCGAGGUGCACGCAUGUGUCUUGGAGGCGGAAGAGGACAUCCUGGAGCGAGAGAACGAGACCGCCGUGUUGCACCUGCAAAGCGCCGAGGAGCAGGAGAGGCUGGAGAGGGAGGUGCGUGCGCAGGAGCCGCAGGUGGAGGAGGUUCUUCUGCAGGGGCCUUUCCCAACUGGGACUGCAGUGCUCUGCAUCAACCAAGAGGAGGAGGAGAGUCCUGCUGACCUUGUCAGAGAUUCUGCCCCUCUCCACUACUACCAACUCAGCUCCAUAGAGCCGGCCACCCUCGAGUCGACAGAGGAGGAGGUUCAAGAGGCCAGAGGAGGCGAGUGUUUAGGCAGCCAGCUCCAAGGUGACCAAUCAAAACUCCACCAUCAUGAAGUGUGUCUAGAAGAAAGCGUGGAAACUGAGAUAGUGAAGGACCCGCUUCGUCUUGACCUUUAGUCUGAGCUUCUUUGCAGAUGUUUUGCACAAAUGGCAUCAAAGAAGUAAUAACACAUUUCGUGUCAAACUCAGUUGCAAUCGUGGAGGCUGGAGCACAUGGAGAUCAGGAGUAAUAUGUUAUGGUAUAUGCAGUCACGUGACGUACAUUUUGAAUUGUGUUGGGGGUAAUGAACACAGCCUUAUGCAAAAAAAAAAUAAUGCAGGACAAAGUCCUGCUUGCUAACUUUGGGGACAUCCAAGAGAAAAAGGGAGUGACAGCAGAACUUUGUAUCGCAGCAGACGUGUCUGUGCUGUAGUCAAGCCAAAUGACGGCGUAAACUGACCUAAUAAUCCUGGAGAUACUUGUUUUCUUGUGUACUGUACAAGCGUUUGUGUGAUUGUGAGGCCGAGGCACUCACAAAUGCAAUCUUCGUGUAGUAUUUGCAAAGCCUGUGAUAUUACGUCUGGUGUGUGAUGGCUCUCUUGUGGAUGAGGUGCUGUUGCAUAAGGUCGACUUGACUUCACAUUGUGCUGGAACGCUAGUUGCGCUGAUUCCUGCAUUACAUUCACCAUGCUGCUGAAAUUCCAUGUGAUCUUUAAAUGUUUUCAUUCGGGUCACAAACUGCUAGCCACUCUGGAUCACUUCUAGACAGACAGACAGUUGUCCUUUGUAUUCUCCAAAUUAAAGCUUGGUCUCGCGUGCAAGCUUUGGCUUGCUGCAGAGGGCAGUGCCAGGCCUGUUAUUACACUUGACCUGUUCCAGUGUGUCCUCAAACCAUCUCUUGAGUACAAUGACUGUCCUAUUCUAGAAAUGAACAGAAGGCCUGUUAAAGUGUGUAACUGUGGGCCUGCUCUAGAGUGUUAUGUUGCACUCCUCUACUAGAGCCUAACCUUGGAUGAUUCUAAGAAUCUCCGUAGUAGAGUAACCUUGGACCUGCCCGUGUGUACAAUACUAGACCUGUUCUAGAUUUUAACGCCACCACUAGUAAGUUGUAACCUCAGCCCUGCUCUAUAGUGUAAGGCUGACCUGCUCUGAAGUGUUACUUCUGGCCUGUUCUAGACUGCCUUGGAGCUCUUCUUGACUGUAAACAUAGACUUGGUGCAUAGGGCAAUGUGAGGCCCACACUACACUGUAAUACCAGACAUGUUCCAGAAUUUAAGCAUCACCAUUUUCUAGAGGAUAAGAUGGGGCCUGUCAAAGCCAAACCUCAGGCCAGAUCCAGAGGUUGUGAGUUUGUCAUAAGAUUGCCCUAGACUCUGACCAUCUCUUGAGUAUGACAAUGGACCUCUUCCAGAAUGUGACCUGGGGCUUUUCUAUAGUAUGAACUCUAAUCCAGCUCUUGAGAGCAACUCCAGACCUGUACUAGAGCUUAACAACAUGCCUGCAGACCACGCUAUUAAAUUUUGGCCUGCUCUGGAGUAAAUGUCCUGUCCUGGAAUAUCACUCCUAGCCUGUUCCCGUGCAUUGCUUUGGCUCUGUUUUAGAGUUCAACCUCUGGCUUGUUCUAGAGUUUAGCCUUGGGUAAAUUCAUGAGUGUAACUCUGGGCCAGAUCUAGAAUCCAACACAAAGUCAGUGCUACACUGUGGAAACAAAACCAGUUCUAGAGUGUGACUUUUGAAUCUUGUAGAGUGACACCUUAGCUGGCUCUAGAAGGUUACUUGGACCCUUUGAUGUUCUGGAAUGCUACCGCUGGCCUGUCCAUCGGUAUAUAGUGUACCACUAUAUAUGUUCUACAACAUUGGAUGAGCUCUUGUGUCCAACACAAAGCCUGUCCUAGAAUCUAACAAUAGUUCUAGAGUGCAGUUUUGGGGUUACGCUAGAGUGCAACGCCAGACCUGUUCAGGCCUGCUCUGGAGUGUAAUCUAACUUGUUCUGAAAUGUUACCCCUGGCUCAUUCUACAGUGUAGCCUUGGAUCUGUUCAAGAGGGGUACCUCAGACCUGUUCCAUUUCCACAAGUCUAGCAACUCAGAGCCGCUUUAGGUCUAAAGUGUAACACCAGGCCUGUUGUACAGCGUGCAGUCAGUCCUACAAAAUUCUGAAAGCCUCAAUUCCCCUCACAGGAAUAAUAAAGUAUAUCUAUCUAUACUAGCUAGUGUAACGACAAAGAUUUUUGCACCGUCUCUAAGAGAUGUCACAUGAAGAAAAGAGCAUUUAAAGAAAAAUGUGACGUGUGAUGCAGCUUGACAACUGUGUGUAUGUGUGUGUCCAGAUGUACUGUAUUUAUGGGGGCUUGGAAAGAAUAUUAACGAGGAAAUAUUAUGUUUUGGAAAGGUGCUCAUGUUACAGACAUGACUGCUCUUUCUCCCGAGAUUCCAUAACUCUUUAUGCAGGUCAAGGAGGCCGCCUGCUGCUUUACUGCAACACACUCUAGUGCUAAUUAUGACAUUUUGUCUCACUUUUUAACUUUUAUGCUAUUUAAAUGUCAUUUUUUUUGGGAUAAACAAAUACUAAAACAUCUUUUAUUUUGGAUGUGCUGGCAUGUAUGAGAUAUCGAUGUGAUUAUUUGCCUUCAAUUUGUUUGUCUUAAUCCAAGUGUGCUCCAUCAAAGCAGUGGUCUUCACCCUCCUGAGAGGAUGACUCUCGUCUUUGUGGCCUCCCCUUCAUCACGCUUGGCUGUUUGCGAUCACUUUUAGCCUGGGACCACUGCACAAGUAUAUGUGUGUGUGUGUGUGUGUGUGUGUGUGUGUGUGUGCGUGAGCGAAAGAAAAGUGUGAUUGUUGGAAUCCUGGAAAGACAUAAAAGAGCUGUGACAGCCUCUCUCAUGAAAUGGUUCCCUAAAAGUGGACAAAAUAAGGACUUUAU